AACUAUCAACUCGUAGUACUGUAAUUGCUUUCUUAGGAUUAAAUUGAAAAAUGCUAGUAUUGGAUAACCAUCACUAGAAUCAAACGCUGCGGAUGCUCCCCGCAGUUGUGGCCUUUGUGCGUAGCCGAGGGCUGGAUAGUGUUCUACGGAGCCACACGACGGCAACGAGGUUGCUCCAGCAAGAAGGGAGAACAAUUGAGCGGGCCGCCGCUCCACCCCAUCCACCCCAUUCCAAUCAGGACGCGUUCGCGUUCGGUGGCUCCUCCUCCACUGCCCGCAGGCGCCCUCGUCACGACCUCGAGCACCCGGAGCUCGUCAUUCAUGGAAUGCCAAAGGGACACCGGUAGGGACUGGUAACCGGAAUAGACGAGGCAGAGGGACUUGGACCCCGGCAUUAGUUUUGAGUCCUCAAUAGAGUAGUCGAACUCGUGCCGGAAAAAAUCCGAGCCUUCUUCGUCAUUGUUGUGGUCGUUGUUUCUUCUUCCAAACCGAUUGACUCCCUUCCCCGCGGAGCGUGCAGCCGGCGWCAAUUGCGGUUUCAUGAAGGCCUUGCCCUUCCACCUUCCCUUGUUUUCCCGCCCAUUUCCCACCAGGCGCCACGGAAGGGCAAUUCCCCCAAAGAGCCAAUGCGUCAUGACGUUGGACGAAAGAUCCAUGACCCAGCURUUGUUGUCCAGUAGAACCCCGUCCCAGAUUGCUGGACUGUCGGCGUCACGGUCGCCGCUGCAAAUGAAUUCCUCCACUUCUUUCUGGGUUGGCGCCCGACUCUCCGCAAACACUCGKAGGAGGUCCUCCCGCUUGAGUUUCCUAAGGCGGUCGGCUAUUCCGAUCGCAUUCGGCGAUGGUUCGUCUAAUGGUGCAAAGAGGUUGUCGAGAAGAGCGGAAGACGACGUUGCCGAACCCUCGUGGCGCUUCGAUGCCGUCGAGACAAUACCAGCUGUUUGGAUCAUGUUUCUUGCACACUGGCUCGCCACCGUGAUAAUGAGUGCCGAAGAGGCCGCGGCRGUAAUCGUUCCCAGUGGCAUCAUGUUGUGUUGCUUUGUUUUUUUUUUCGCGUUGCGUGCCCUGUCGUGCCGAGAGGUUUGGUGUUUGUGUCUGUAGAUGCGAUUGGCUGUUCUCCUAUCGGAAUAGGGAGMACCUUCACAAAAUUAACAUGCGAGGGGAAACUAUGAUCUCAGAUGAUGACCACAAUAACAACGUUUCUCCUUCUGUUCAAUGAUUGUUUUAGGGUACGUGCCGGUUUUGUAGCUUGUUUCGAUCACAUCGGAAUGGCUCGUUGACUACGGCACUGUGCCGUAUUUCGUUUCCUCGAAAGAAGAUGCAAAGAUUUUACUUCUAGAUUUUUUGUAUUAGGCUCACAACUCGUACUGUUUGUUCGUAAGGUUAUCGUACAAAGAAUGAAAAUAUGCUUGCUUCUCUCUCUUACUACUCGUAUCAUGACCUCCUACAUCCUAAAAGUAGGUACCGUCUGAAGUACGAAGUACCGGUACGUAAGGUACAGUACUUGGUACACCGUCCGAUGUCCGGUCCAUGAUACUGUAUGAUGUGAUAACUUGUUCGUUCGAGACGUACCGUACCUGGUAUGUACCGGUACGUAGGGUAUGAUUUUCACUUUUCAUUUCAGAAUUUCAAUUUCAAUAUGAGUCAGUCGUCUUUGAUUCACUUUUGUUGAGCGGGUCUGCCCUUCGACUGACGUUUCACCGCGGCACCCCAAAACUUUGAAAACGAAGGAAAAAAAAAGUGAUGUCAAAUCUCGAAAUCAUUCGUCCACAGUCCAUCAUCCAUUAUCCAUUAUCAUCUUCUCUGUGAGAAAGCGACAUCCCUUCAUCACUCUCUGAUCUAUUUUGGAAAGGAAACGGAAUACGCCUAAAAGUUGCAAAGAYAAAUUCAUUGCGUGGGGAACAAUCAAUCACACACUCUUAACGAUGGCAAAAAUUAAGGAAGAACUUGUAUUGAGAAAGAGGAGGAGAGCAGGGAAGAACGGUAUCAAACAUACCACGUCGGUUUUCCUGAUGAGCGAGUCGGGGGUGUUCCUGACGUUGCUUCUGCUCACCGUCAUUGGUACCAAUCACUACCACUUCGGCGAGAACAGGUCCAUGUCCACGAGAUUUGUGGCCGAUGCUUUUUCUCUUCCACCGGCAUCGUCGUUGUCAUCGUUACCGCCACGAGAAAAUAAAUCCAAAAGAAGAASAACAACAACAUGUGAUUUUUCGACCUCCACAACUGAAGAUAAUCCUCCGUCGGUCGAGGUCUGGGACGGAGUAUUUUCACAAGAGGUAUGCAGGCACCUCCACGAGCUAGCGAUCGAUCACUCCGAGCGGACCACCAGCGAGGACGGCGACUAUGACGACGACGAAGAAGACGACAGCCUGGACGGAUCAUCGAUCUUUGUCCACCGCCGGAAUGCUUGCGAAAGUGCUACGGCGGAMCAAUUGACGCCGCUGGAACAGGCUCUGGAUUCCUUUCUGACGGCCUACUACGAGAGCCAUUCAGAGAUCGCCCCUCGCCACGACAUUAUCGUCGAGUACUGGUGUCGCCAGGAGCACCUCAACCUGGAAGCCCACGCGGAUGUAGACGAGGUAUUCUUCGAGAGGUUCUGCAACCAAAAGAAAAGGGACAACAUCGAGCAUGGGUUUCGGUACCCCACCGUGGGCCACGUCCUCUACCUGACCAAGCCGACUCUGGGCCGUGGACCGACGUGCGUCUUUCCCCCGGAGCGACAGGGCGGCGAGAUCACAGACGAGAUUUCUUCGGUUGUCACGGUUCCGGCCGUCCCGGGCCGGGUCCUGCGGUUUCCGGGGAAUGCUCUGCAUGCGGUUCCCAAACCAGCCGAUGUUUGGUUGGCCUACGAGGAGGACGAAGAUGAUCAUGAUGACGAGGAGGGCGAGGAGGACGAAUGGGACUACGAGGACGACGACGACGAGGAGCGCUCCGUUGUUCUUUUCAAUACUUGGGAAGCCWCUGACGACGAAGGAAUCAGCUUGGGCCCCACGGGGGUCCAUCCCGAUCCCAUGUUUGCCGUCGAAUCCGAUGCGGAACUCGUCGACAUGAUGAUGAGCAGCGCGGACAUCGAAGACAGCGGUGUGGAAGUCGACGAGGCCUUCGUCCGAGGCAUGGUCGAAUACGCUAGGCAACAAAAGACGGAACUGCUGGAGAGCUGGCGCGACAGCUUCGGCGAAGGCAGCGAAGACGAAGCAGGCGACAGAAAUAAUGCCCCCGUGGUGUAUUCCGGGGUGCACUGCCGGCCACGGGCGUCCUGGAACCGUGCCGGCAUCGGUGACGGCGCAAGCAAGACCGGUGGGAAAGAUGCGAGCCAUCCUCCGGCGUGCUCCAUGCGCGUCCCCCUGAUGGGCGACCGUUUGCGGAGGCGCUAUCCGAAAAAGGCGGUGAGGUGGACGGUUCCGCCGUCCUUCAAGGAGGGAGUCAGCGACGCCGAGCGGCCCUUUCGGUUUCCCGUGGCGACCCGCAGGUAGCUCCGAAGGCAUAUUCGAUCCGUGGUUUAGCCGUGCGGUGACUCUAGAGCGUAGGAUGCAAGCCUCGGUGGGAAAGGAGGCCACAGGGUUCUCCAAGGAAUACCGAGAUACUACCGUUGGGCCUAAGAAAAUCUACAGGUUUCCGAUGGGUGUGAUGAAACAAAUGUAGUGAAAGACUCAAUCAUUGAGUGAGAACUGCUGCAAGUAAGGAGGCCACAGGGUUGCUCCAAGGAAUACCGAGAUACUACUGUUGGGCCUAAAAGAAAUCCAUAGGUUUUCGAUGGGUGUGACGAAACAAGUGUAGUGAAUUGCUAAAUCAUUGAAUGAGUACUGCUACAAGUUUUGGGAAUCAAAGAUAUUUAGUACUCGAUGGAUGCUACGAACUGUACAAAAUCCUGGGUGUCGCUCACGGUAUCCAGGCAACUUUAAAACGGCCUGGCACUCGGCGUUGGAUCGCAUCUAAUUGCUAGGAAUGUGGCGCAUGCCGUUUGUAUUUGAUAUAUGUAAGGGGCAAUGAUGGAAACAUGGAACCAGCGGCUGGGAUCGAUCCCGUCGUAUAGUAGAAAAGCCGUUCCCUGGCUCCGGUCUCUUUCUUCGUCGAUGGCGACUGUCAACGUGAUGGUGUAAUUCCGAAAGAGGGAGUGUGGCUGAACGCAGAACAACUGCGUAGACCUACUGUACGGAACAUUUGUGUAAUAUACUGUAGCAGUCGUU